AAAAAACCCGAUGGAUAUGGAGCAGGAGCCAGCAACAAUGUCAUUGAAGCUGCGUCCUUUCGGAAGGAAUGAGUUGCAGAAAUCUUGGACUAGUCCAAAUGGAGAUUUCAGGUCAAGUCAACCACAAAGUCCAAAGUCACCAGUCAGUCCGAUGAACCCUUGGUCCAGUAACAACAAUGUAAUGCCAGGAAAGUUCAGACAAAGAAAAGGGAAUUCUUUUGAAGACAGUGUUGACAUUCCCCCUUUAAGUCCUAAAGAGGAGAGUGGUGGAUUAACUGAGGAGCUAGUUUUCAUAACCCACGUGGAGAGUCCUGUUAGAUUUUGGGCACAGUCAGCAGAAGUGGAGACUGCUCAUGUGAUUGAGAAGAUGAGCAAUGACCUUCAGAUUUACUGUAGAAACAAGCCCCUGCUGCAAUCCACUCCACAUGUUGGCAAGAUUUAUGGUGGAGUUUACCUGGAGGAUCAACAAUGGUAUCGCUGCCGAGUUAAGGAGCUUAUUGAAGAGGAUAAGGUAUCAAAUUCAGCUCAUGAAAAAUGAAGGAUAACAAGUAAUCUGUC